CUUCCCAGUAUCCCCCGAUUCCUUCUCACAUCACAAGCAUUCAGGCUUAUACAUACACAUACAACAAGUAUUUUACAAGUUAUUCAACCGCAUACAACUCAACUCCAAACCGUCAAGCAACACGAACUUUUACAACGCAAAUAAAUUCCCAAAGAACAUCCUCCAAACUCCACAUAUUAUCACCAAACCAACCCCCGACAUCCAGCCAAAAUGCCAAUCACAGAAAUCAUCUUCCCAACCUUCAAAUCAAACCUAACGAAAGAAGCCCACGCCGUCGCAAAAACAGCCUUCACAGCCAUAAAGGGCCAACCAGGGCUCCUGCACCACCGCAUCGGCCGGAUCACCCGAGAAGAUGGGAAACCCUUGGGCGAAGAAUGGAAAAGUGUCCUGAGUCUCGAAUGGGACUCGCCAACCGCAUUCCACAACAUCUACCCGUCUGCGACAAUCUUCCAGGAAGUCAUGAAACAAGUCAUCCCGUAUGUCGCUGCCAAAGCUACGCCGUUGCUGUUCCAGCCCCUCCCUCCUUCUUCGUUGUCGACGCACACGACUUCCAACGCGAGUUUCCCGAACCCGCCGCACGGCGCGACGCAACUCUUCCUCCGCGAGACGGGCGCGGGGAGCGAUGGUGGGGAGGUGAAGACGGCGUGGGCGGAGCUCGUGGAUGCUGUUAAUGCUGAGGGCAAGGACGGUGUUGUGGGGGAGUGGGAGGGCGAGGGGAUUGAGAAUGCGGAGGGGUUGUGGGUGGGGUUUUUGGGGUGGAAGGGGGGUGUUGAGGUAUGUUUUUUCUUUCUACUUCUCUCUUUCCACAUUCCUUUUUUCUUCUUCUACUUCUUUCUUUUUGCUUGUGGGUGGGGAGAUUGGCUAACGUGAGGGAUUGGUAGACUCUCGAUACGCUGGAUGCGAAGAAGGGGAAAGUGUCUGAGGCUCUGGAGAAGGUUAGGAGGGUUGGUGGGGUCAAGGAGUAUGUGGUUGAAUUUGAGGAUUUUUAGAGAGUGGACGGGUUACCGUUGUCUACUCCACUGGCGGAUAUGAUCUCGCAUUCUGGGAGUAGAGUUCCGAGUUCCCCUCUCCUCUCAUUUCCAGUCUAUUUUGUGGGACUGUCAUUCUAUGAGCGAACAAGAUGGUGUUCAGGUAGACUGGGUUAUGACUGAUCUAUUUUGGGUAUCUCGUCUCAAUCAAUCGUUUUUAUCUUCUGU